CUAUAUACCUGAUGUCAGAUGAGGAGGAAAUUCAAAACACGAGAAGAACUCGGAUUCAUCUUUGGAAUCAUAAACUGAAGAAAAUGGGAGACUCACUAGGGUUUCUUGCAUACAAAAUCAGAAUCGACCCCGAAUUCGAAUCCCAAAUCGAAAUGCAAUGCGAGGUCGAAAUCUCUCUGAAAUUUAAUGCGAGGUCACAAUCCAGCACGAAAUCAAUUCAAGUAUUUGAACGCGACGUCAAAUUCAAAAUUGAACGCGAAUUUGAAUCCAUCGCAGUUUCUUUCGCGUCAAUUCGGAUCAUCCUCCGAUUUUCUUUUACCAACUUCUGUCAGCAACGCACCGGCAAAGAACUUUACUCAAGUAAUGUAGAAGACCAACAAGUCGCGGCGUUCUCGCAUGCGUGCUUAUCAUGUGAAGAUAGCCUGUUUAUGCCCCCCCAAAAUCGAAAUCGAAAUCGAAAUCGAAAUCGAAAUCAUCUUUGAAAUCAUCUUUGAAAUCAUCUUUGAAAUCAUCUUUGAAAUCAUCUUCGACUUCGAUCUCUCACCUUGUUAUCAAGAUCGAAAUUCGAAUUUGGCCAACAGCUACAUCACGCAGACGCGAUAGUGAGAAAAGUUGUGUGUUACAGCGUUUUGGCCUGCUGGCACUGCUCGUCUGGACAAAUCUUCGUAAAUCUACUCGUGAAGUCGAUGCACUGUUCGAUUGUCUGUAUCACAUCUU